CCGAAUGGUAAAAGUGAUAUGACCACUGCCCUGCUCCUUAAUCCUCGCUGGGUGGACACUGUCAUGUUUGUAUACGAAAAAAACUUGGAUGAGAUAAACAAGAGCAUGGAAGGACUGGUGGGUGCAGGCAACUUGUCAGCCAACCAGUGCAGGAAUCUAAUGGCUCAUUCUGCCUUGGGAGGCCACCCUUCCACGCUGGUGCACGGCUCAAGCUAUCCCGCAGUAGAUGUGUCCGGGUCGGGAUCACUGGAAGUCGGCAAACAGUGCGCCCCUUGCCCGGCAGUCCCACAAGGUUCCUCCACGGCCCCUCUACCGUGUGGGUAUUUCGGCGGUGGUUAUUAUUCGUGCCGAAUGGGGAGAGGGUCUCUCAAGUCUUGUACCCAACCCACUGCCUUGUCUAGCUAUUCUUCAGAGAAGUAUAUGGACACCCCGGUUCCGUGUGAAGAGUAUCAGAGUAGGGCCAAGGAAUUUGCCUUUUAUCAUGGCUAUCCCAGCCCCUAUCAACCCAUGGCGAGUUAUCUAGAUGUUUCUGUUGUGCAGACAAUCAAUGGUGCAGGGGAGCCGAGACACGACACUCUACUGCCAAUGGACAGCUAUCAACCAUGGACACUGACCAAUGGAUGGAACAACCAGAUGUACUGCUCAAAGGAUCAAGGGCAGACUGGCCACAUCUGGAAAUCUGCACUAGCUGACGCGGUGGCCCAUCCGCAGGACCCGAGCUCGUUUCGCCGCGGCCGGAAGAAGAGGAUUCCUUACGCCAAAGUCCAGCUGAAGGAACUGGAAAAAGAAUACGCGGCCAACAAAUUCAUCACCAAAGACAAGAGGCGAAAGAUAUCCGCAGCCACCAACCUGUCCGAAAGACAGAUAACCAUCUGGUUUCAAAACAGAAGAGUUAAAGAAAAGAAAUUCGUGGCAAAAGUCAAAACCAACACUCCCUAAUCUUAAACAAAUAAAAACAAAAUAAUACAAAUCAAAUUAAAAUCUGAAUGUUUGAGACUUUGGAAUAAACAGUUCUGGAAAAAAAAAGAAGGUCCUCGUUCAAAGAUUACCAUGGAGGAAUAAAUCUAUCCCUUCCAGUGGACUAACCUAGAUUAUAAAGGAAUGUAAAUAUAUUAGUGGUGUAAUUAUACCUGCGUUAAUUUGCCAUCCAUACCCUAGUAUAUCUGUGUGAUGCCUUUAGACGUGCCAGUGUUAUUAAUGGUGUAGUGUUGUUAGACUAUAACGCAUUGUGAAAUUAAGCUAUACAUACUGCUUAAAUGUUGGAAAAGAGUAUGAAAACAUAACUGCUAAAUGUUAAUAAAAGCAAAUCUGCAUA